AUGUCAUCCGUGUCAUUUUUUGAACAAUUGACCAGCAGUGUGUCAAUCUCUUUCGUGUCUAUUAUUUCAGUGGCCACUUUGGGUGUUAUAUUAGUUUAUUCAAUUGCUAGUCGUCUUCUUUUUUCUUCAUCAACAAAAUCAAGUUCUUCUUUGAAACAACUUACAAAUAAAGAGAAGAAAAUCAAAGAAGCUAAUAUAAAAAAACAGCAACAAAAAGCGGACACAACAUUAACUAAUAAUAAGAAGAAUAACAAUAAAGCAAAAAGGAAUAUAACUACUACAAUAUCAUCAUCGUCAUCAUCAAGUUCACAAGCAGAAGAAAGUGACAAUGAAACAGUUAAUACUAUAUUACAAAAGCAAAAGCCAAUAAAAUCAAAUAAGGCUUUAACAGAUAAAAAAGCAGUUACUGCGAAUGAAAACAAGAAAUCGGUCGUUGUUACUAAUCAAAGUAAAACAUCAUCAUCAAAACAACAACAGCAAGUACCUGAACGUGCCGAAAAUACUGAUGGAGUGCAAAGUGGUGAGAGCAAAAAGAAACUUUCAAAACCUGCUGAAACGAUUGCACUCAACAAGCAACAAACAACAAAGAAAGGCGAUACUACGAAUAGGACAACUACCAAUAAGAAACAGCAACCAGUAGUUGUUAUACCUGAUGUUGAUAAACGUACAUCAGUCGAUGUUCCAGCUAAUAGUGAUCAUGAAGAUGAAGGUCAAUGGGUUACACAAGGCAAUAAACAGAUUAACAAUCGUAAUCGUAAUAAAUCAAAAGGUGAAACAUCAAAUUCUAAUAAUCAAGAAUCAUCACCACGGCCAUCAUCAUCAUCUAACCGCAAGAAAGAACAAGAAAAACGAACAACGUCAAUCAAUAAUACUUUAGCAUCAGCAACAAAUAAAAAUGAAUCUGAGGUUGAAACAAUAGUAACAUCUAAUAUAUCUGUUUUGCCAACACCACAAAUUCAAGAACCAAUUGAGAUUUGUCAAUUAUUGCCAAUAAAUGAAAAUCGUUAUACAGCUAAUGAUACUUGGUGGAAACAAGCAUUAAAUAAGCAACCAACAUUUUCUAUUGAUGACAUCGGUGAAUGGCCUGAACGUGAACAAGAUGAAGAAUAUGUGGUUCAAGUGAAACGUAUCGUACCAACGAAAAAUAUUAGUAAAACUGCAUUAACUGAAAAAGAUAUUAAUAUUGAUGAAAAUGAUUCAAUUAAUAAUCAUAAAAAUGGAAAAGACGAUGAAAAAUUAAAUUUUAAUGAACAGGUCAAUUCAUCAGCAGUUGUCACAGGUGAAACAACUGCAACAUCUCAGUCGAAAAAGAAAUCAUCAAAUGUACGUCGAAUUUCUUAA